UGGUACCGUAACCGAGUACUUGGACAGUAGCACGGAAGUUAUUGUUUGUGAGAAUACCGGGGGAUUUUGGUGUACUGAACGAAAGUAAAUAAGAUAUAACUUAAGGCGUUGACGUUCUCGUGCAAAAUCGAAAUGUUUUGAAAAUUAAUACGUGUAUAUACUUAAACGGUAGCAAGGUAAAUAGCUAAUCAGUGCAGUUUUGAUAGCUAAUGCUUCUACUACUGUAAACUAGCUAGCUAGCUACGUUGUUAGCUAACUUGGGUACUAGCUACCGUAGCUAGCUGGCUUUCUUAAUUUAACAAGCAAAAUGCCUUCGUACAAAGAAGUGAGAAACAGCAACCGCUUCUAUUAUUUCAUCAAAUUCACCUUAAAUGUCUACUCCAUGCUUUUCUCGCUCUUGGGACUGUGUGUGCUGUGCGUGGGCGUGUAUGCAGAGGUGGAGCGUCAGAAGAACCGGACACUGGAGGGGGUGUUCUUGGCCCCCGCUGUGGUCCUCAUCCUGCUGGGCUUGGUGAUGUUCACCGUGUCCCUGGUGGGCAUGGUGGGCUCCCUCAGGGACAAUAAGACCUUGCUACACAUGUUCCUGUGUGUUCUCUGUGUGCUACUCUUCCUGCAGGCUGUGGCUCUUAUUGUUGCGCUCAUCUUUGAGAAGAAGACGUCAGCUUUGUUCCAGAGCAGUAUACGAGAGGGAAUCAAGCACUACUAUGAUGAUCUGGACUUCAAAAAUAUCUUGGACUUUGUGCAACAGAAGUUCUCUUGUUGUGGUGGGGACGAGUACAAAGACUGGGGUGUGAAUCAGUACCAUUUCUGCAAUGGCACCGGGCCGCUGGCUUGUGGCGUCCCUUAUACAUGCUGUGUCCGACAAAAGGUGGGGGAGGUCGUCAACACUCUGUGUGGUUACCAGACUCUCAGCCAACAGCGGGAGGUCCUGGUUGAUGUGAUCCAUGUGCGAGGCUGUAUCCAUGCUGUCAAUCUGUGGAUGGGAGACAACGUGGGAACAACUAUUGGACUCUGCUGUGCCAUUGGGCUUCCACAGCUGAUGGGGAUCAUACUGAGCUGUAUGUUCUGGAACCUCCUGGUGGAGAUGAGUGAGUCCAUGGACAUGGUUGACUUCAAGAUCCUGAAGAGAGCUGGCUUUGAGUACAGAGAGCUGGACCUGUCUGGCGCAGGCUGCUGUCUGUGUCUGCCCAGAGAUGGAGGCUACCUCCCUCUGCCAGCCUUGGACCCCAUAUUGUCUGACCCGGACCUAAAGCCCAUCCCUAUCCGUGUCCAGCGGCCACUGCCUGUCCAGGUCCACAGGCCCCUGGCCCAGUCCCUCCAAGACCUUCAGCUCUCUGGGCAAAGUGGACGGGGCCUGGACGAGGUGGACAUCGGGCGCAAGCAGAAUAAGCAUAAAAGAAGGGAAUAUUGAUUUUUUUUGUUGUUGUUUUCCCCCGGAUUGUUUUAUGUAGUUGUUGUUUCAGUCACUGUGUUUUUUUUGGGAGAUGGGUUAGACCUGUUGCACUAUUUGGUGGUCUAACCAAUCAAUGGUCAUUAACUGACAGAAUCAACGCUUCUAAUUGGCACGUUCCGAGCAGUCUACACUGCAGACGCAUGCCAGGUAUCAGUGCCUGGGCAGGUAUUUAACACUACGUCCCGUGUGGCUUAAGUCAAGGUUUGGAUUCCCGCAGGGUGACCAGUAGGAAAAAGUAUGAAAAUAUAUGCACUCACUAUUGACCGUCUACUUUAAAUGUAAACAUAUCCGCUUACCACAUAUUAUAUAGCAAUCUGAUGGCCGACAAGUCGGUCGAUGACCUGGCUCCCAAGCAUUAAUUGAUCAAAGCAACGCAUGUAGUUGGUCUGGAACGUGGCCAGAGGUAUGGCACUUUGGCAAAGCAUCACUGGGUAAAUAUUUAUCCUGUUCUUAAAUUUAAUUCUGAUCAAAACCUUUAAAGAAACAUGCUACAGUGGCUCUUAGACACUACUAUCAGUGUGUCAUUUUAUUUUGUAAUUUUUUCCAGAAUUAAGCUGCUUUAUUUUGAUAUUUCAUAUCAAAUUAUUCCAGGUAUUAUUUAUGGGUGGGGAGGGGGGGGGGUUGAACUGCGUCUCACGUGCUAAAGCUUACCUCAGGCUCCAUUGAAACGGCCCACUUGUCAAAAUAAGGCAAUUCACAUAAUGUAGUAUAUUUACCAUAGACUUUAUGAGAUUCUUAGUUUGAGAUGAUCAUUCUAGUCAGAGCAGGGGAAUAGUUAUGGCCAAUCUUGUCUUGCGUUGCGUGCAAUGUCUGUGAAGAAUGUGUACUGUAGCCUAAUGUUUAUUUUUAGAAUGAACUCUUCGAUUUGUACCGGUACGUAUGUAUGUAUGUUAUGAACUGCCUAUUCAGGAACAAUGUGGAAAGCAUGUAUGUUUUGUAUUUUAAUGAAGUUGAAAAAAAUGAUACUGUUUACAGCUCUUUUAGGGUUUCAUCAGGCGUUUUCAGUCUCUUCCAUUUUUUCUAAGACGUUUUUAUUAUACUUAGCUUUUUUGAAACAAACCCAACAUAAGGGAUAAAGCAAUCUAGUCCAAAUUAAAUCAAUCCAUGUUUAAGCUAGGAUCCUUUCUUAUCUGAUUUCUUGCACUGUUUGAGCUUCAUGUAAGCUCUGGCCUUGUAUUUAAACACUACUUUCACAGUAAUUGUCAAUAAAGCUGUUUUAAAUUUGA